CAGCCAGCCACAACAAGUGUUCUGCCUUGUGAAACAUGAAAAGGAUGUUUUGGAGCUGCUGCGUUCUGGGCUUCCUUCUUCUGCUUGGCGACGUGUACUGCAAUGUAUCGAAAAGCAGAGUACGACGCCAAGAUCCAGGCUCACAAAACGGUCAACUGAUAGACAACAUUUUUAACAUUCCGAUCACAGCGAUCAAACAAACCGCCGCUGCCGCCCAAGUGUUCUCGCCAGAGAAUACGCAGACGAUAGACACGGUCUUGAAGAUCCCCGUCUCGACCCUAGAAGCUGUCGGAGCACUCGUGAAGACUACAACGGAGCGGAGGCAACAAAAUGCGGAGAACAUCCAAAGAAUCCGUCAAGAUAGGAGAGAACGAAUAUCGGCACUAAAAGAGCAGAAAAAGAAGCGAAAGGAAGAGUUGCACCAUCAGCGAUUGAUGCAACAACAGUUGAAGAGAGUUGUCAGACACCAUUACAAGGAUCCACUUGGAUUAAACGCGUGGAAAAAUGUUCUAUUAGGGCACCAUGGCAUUAUUGGCGGUCACCAUGCUAGUGGACUUCUUGGUGGACAUCACUCUGGAUUAGGUGGUGGCCAUGGCAUUCAUGGUGGCCAUGGAAUCCUUGGCAGUCACGGUGCACUACUAGGAAAUCGUCCGCAGAAUACUUACGCAGUUCAUGAAGACGUCAACGAAGAUACAUCUUUCUCCUGGCAUGGGCUGACAGCUGGUUUCGGUACUUACUAUGGGUCUCGGCCAUCCAGCGCAGUUAAAAUCGAAAAUAAGAUCGCUCCUAAAGAAAAGAAGCAGAAAGGUUUCUUCAAAUACCCGAGCGAUGAUGUAAGCCCUCAGAAUAAAAUCGCAAAUAAAAAUAAGCCAAUACGUGAAGAUGAUGAUCCGCCAAUAGAAAAUAAAAUCGCGCCGAGGAAUGGAAAAGUAAAAUUUGUGUAAUUAUAUAUAAUAACAACACGAUAUAUAAUAAAAACACGAAUAUGUACAAUAUACAUAUAUGAAAUAAUGUUAGAAAUGUAAUCUUUAUCUUCCAUUCAGUAAGUUUUUGUUAUUUUUACGUCGUUUUCGCAGAUGUUACAUGUAUCGCUUUAAAGAUUCAUUGAUCCAGUAAUUUGAACUAAAAAUUUAAAAACUUACAUAUAUCAAAUAUGUAAAAAAACUUGCUUAUCUUAUCAGACAUUUAAAUGAAAAGAAAAACUAUUAUACAAGUAUUAGGAAAGAAUUAUGAUAAUUUUGGGAUUGUGAAAUCUGUUUGAGUAAAUGCAAAUUAGAUGAUAAAUGCAUAAUGUACGUAUAUGUAUACAAUCUACACAAUACAGUCUUUCGAUUUAAUUUUAUUAUUGAUGCGAAAAAUUAAUAUUUUGUUAAUCUUAAUAUCAGCAUGAUAUACGAAUAUACGUUUUAUUUAAGAUAUAUCUGUUAUAUUUUAUUCUACAUACGUAUAUAUAUUUAUUGCGAUAUAUGUACAUGUAUAUAGAAUAACAGUGCGUAAAUUCAAACCUUGGCCUUUAAACACCUGCAUAUUUCCAGCGCAUUUCUGCGUCGUAAUGUAAGACUCAUGUCGCCGAGAUAUUUACGUCUAUACGUGCACAUACUUUCCUUCUCUCUCAUAUAUAUUUGAUUUGCUAAGUUAUACAUGUUAUAUAAAUGUCUAAUGUAUAAAAGUAUUAAAAUAAGUAAAACUGUUUAAACCAGUGCUAAACUCAAAUAGAUAUUUGACAAGAUAUGGGAACGAAAUACAUUCUAAUAGAUAGAUUUAA